AUGCACCUCUUCAUGGCCUACGGCUACUACAAGCUCUUCUACGGUAUCCGCGAACAGCACGAGCUCGCCCGCGAGAAGAUCUGGUCCCGACUGCACCUGGUGCCGCUGCUCCAGGCCGAGGAAGACCGUGACCAGGUCCGCAGACACUUUGCCGACAAGGCUCGUGAGAAGGAGCUCCUGGGUACGGAGAGCAAGGUCUACAACUCUGAUCGGUACGUGGCACCCGUGGGAUUGAUGUUGGUGUGA